AUGCAAAAUUAUCCUCGCCCUCCUCCUGUUGUUCAACAACAGCCACCACAACAAGGAUACGGAGGAUACAAUCAUCCACCACAGCCACCCACUUAUCAGCAACCUCCAUCAUAUGGAGGAUAUAAUCAUCCACCUCCACAGCAGCCACAAUAUGGAGGAUACCAUCAACCCCAACAACAACAAUAUGGACAAUAUGGAUAUGGAAGCCAAAUGUAUCAACCACAACACAUAAAUCAUCCUUUAAAACCAUUUUUUGAUGCUGUAGAUACAGAUCGGAGUGGUAAAAUUACUUGGAUAGAGCUUCAGAAGGCUCUCACUCAACCAGGUGGAGAGUUUACAGGCCGAGUCUUUGGAGAGAGAUGUGCAAGAAGAUUAAUUAAAAUGUUUGAUAAAAACGGAAAUGGAGAGAUUGAUUUCGAAGAAUUUGUCCAAUUACAUCAAUUUUUACUUCAAAUGAAGCAAGGAUUUGAAUUCGUAGACAAAGACAAAUCAGGAACAUUAUCCUUCCAAGAAGUAUCAACAGCAUUAAUGCAAUCAGGUUACCGAAUUGGAAUGAAUGUUGUUCAAAAAAUGUUCAAUAUGGUGGACACACAGAGAAAAGGAUUUCUUAAUUUCGAUGGUUAUAUUGAGCUAUGUGUUUUCGUUGGCUCUAUCAGAAACGCAUUCCAACCUAGAGACAUUUAUAGAAAUGGAACAGCAAUGUUCACAUUCGACCAAUUCUUAGAAGCUUGCACAGAGUUUUAUGUUUAA